AUGACUGAUAUCCUAGAGCGUUUAGCUGAUAGACAAGGUCCUGAACAGUUUAACCAACUUGGGAGACAAGAUAGAGGAGAAGAUAGAGCCUUAGAGAGGUUUUUAAAGUUUAACCCGCCUAACUUUCUUGGUGAACCCGAUCCUGAAAUAGCGGAGAAUUGGUUAGAGAGGAUGUCCAAUAUAUUCGCUGCUCUAGACUAUACUGAGAAUAGGCGAAUGAAUUUUGCUACUUUCCAAUUCGAGGGACUGGCUCAAAAAAGAGAGGAUGGGUUUAUCAUGUUGAAACAGGGAACCCUUAGUGUAGCGGAAUAUGAAGGAAAAUUCACUAAACUUUCUAAGUAUGCCCCUGAGUUGGUGAUUAAUGAACGGAGGAGGAUAAGACGAUUUGUACAGGGGUUGAAUGUGAAAAUUCAGGAGGGUCUGGCUGCUGCCCAGAUCUCUACAUUUACUGAGGCUCUAGAGAAGACCAGUAAGAAGGCACAAGCUUCUAAAAUAGGAAGAGGAAUGGGAGGAAUAAGGACCGCUGUUGUUUCGAGAGGAGCUCUAUCUAGAGGAGGUCGUAAUGGGCCGACCCAAGCUAGGGGAGCACCAUCUACUGGUUCGGCGGUGACCCCUCAAGUUACUUGUGGGUACUGUGAAAAACUCAAUCACUCUGAGAAUGACUGUUGGAGAAAGUCAGGGAAGUGUUUAUUUUGUGGUAGUGCCGAACAUCAGGUCGCGAAUUGUCCGAAAGCACCAAAAGUGGGAGGUAACACUCAGAGACCAGAAAAGUCAACUUCUAAGCAGACCAGUACCAGAUGA